AUGAACCCCAGCCGCAACAAGGACAUUGGCAAGACCUUGGAUGAAACCCCGGAAGAAGAAGCCAUGGAGAUUGACCCUCCUGUUGAACCAACAGCACCAGAACAUGAGACGGAAGGAGACGAAGACGACAUCAUGGAAUCGGUGAAGAAGGCACCUGCUCACAACAAAGCUUCAACACCUGCGAAGACGAAACUAGCACCAAACGAGACUGCGAUUCCACUGGCCGAGUUUGGAGGAAGUUCGUCGGGCAGCCACUCUAGACACACGGAAUCGGAAGAGAGCCUUGUGGACGAUCCUAUGGAACGCGACGACAUUGAAGAGGUUGUGGAACCUGCCGACCCCGAUCUGGAGCUGAAGGACUCGGUGAGAGAUGGUCAUCACAAGGAGGUAGCAGAAAUUGCGAAGGCAAAUCGUGAGCCCAAGGCGACUCCGUUUUCAUCGGCUGAAUCGAUGGAGAAGGCGCCUGCUCACAACAAGGCUCCGAAACCUGCCAAACUAGCACCAAAAGAGACUCCGAUUCCACUGGCCGAGUUUGGAGGAAGUUUGCCGGGCAGCCGCUGUAGACACACAGAAUCAGAAGAGAGCGUUGUGGACUAUCCUAUGGAAAACGACGACGUUGAAGAGGUUGUGGAACCUGCCGACCCCAUUCAGGAGUUUGGAGGAAGUUUGCCGGGCAGCCGCUCUAGACACACAGAAUUAGAAGAGAGCGUUGCGGACGAUCCCAUGGAAAACGAUGACAUUGAAGUGGUUGUGGAACCUGCCGACCCCAAUCUGGAGCCGAAGGACCCGGUGAGAGAUGGUCAUCACAAGGAGGCAGCCGAAGUCGCGAGGGCAAAUCGUGAGCCACAGGCGACUCCGUUUCCACCGGAUGAAUCGGCGGAGAAGGCACCUGACCACAAAAAGGCUUCAAAACCUGCGAAGACCAAACUAACACCAAAGGAGUUUGGAGGAAUUUUGCCGGGCAGCCCCUCUAGACACACAGAAUCAGAAGAGAGCCUUGUGGACGAUCCCAUGAAAAGCGACGACAUUGAAGAGGUUGUGGAACCUGCCGACCCCAAUCUGGAGCCGAAGGAGGCAGCCGAAGUUGCGAAGGCAAAUCGUGAGCCCAAGGCGACUCCGUUUUCAUCGGCUGAAUCGGUGGAGAAGGGGAAGGCACCUGCCCACAAAAAGGCUUCAACACCUGCUAAGACCAAACUAGCACCAAAGGAAUUUGGAGGAAGUUCGCGGAACAGCCAUUCCAGACGCACAGAAUCAAAAGACAUCGUUGUGGAUGAUCCCAUGCAAAGUGACGACGUUGAAGAGGUCGUGGAGCUUGCCCAGACAAAUCCGAAGCCCGAGGACCCACCGGUGGAUGAGUCAGAAGUUGCGAGGGCAAAUCGUGAGCCAAAGGCAACUCCGUUUCCGCCGGCUGAAUCGGUGGAGAAGGCACUUGAUCACAAAAAGGCAUCAACACCUGCUAAGACCAAACUGGAACCGAAGGAGUUUGCCAGAAGGUUGCCAGGCACCCGCUCUAGACACACAGAAUCAGAAGAGAGCCUUGUGGACGAUCCUAUGGAACACGACGACAUUGAAGAGGUUGUGGAACCUGCCGACCCCAAUCCGGAGCCGAAGGACCCGGUGGGAAGAGAUGGUCAUCACAAGGAGGCAGCGCAAGUCGCGAAGGCAAAUCGUGAGCCCAAGGCGACUCCGUUUUCACCGGCUGAGGCAGAUGAUCUGCCAGAUGACAUGUAUCCGGAGGUGUUGAUGCCUCGUACCCACAGAAUCGAUUUGGAGAAUGCGUCUGAAAGCAGCUCUACCAAAGAUGAUCCAGUGCCCGCUGAUGCAUGCAAAGAGGUGGCCCAGACCAUCAAGAAGGUCAAAAAGACAUCAAUUCCAGAGGUCCCGAGUCGUUACAUGCAGCUUGAGCGGAGAGCUUCAAGGAUAGAUCAAGGGCAUCAAGAGCGAGAGGACUCUGAGGAGGCAUCCCCUCAGCACGAGCAGAUUCACGAGGAAUCUGAAUGUUCCAAGGAAGAAAGUGAUGACGAGUCCGACAUGGACGCCAUGCAAACUGGGACCGAAAGCUUGGAUCAGCAGAAGGGUAGAUGUGAAGGCGAGCCAACUGAGAUACCCAGGGCAUCUGUGUCUGUGAGGACUCAAAUCCAGAAGCCAAAGGUCAGCAGAAAAGAGGAUGGAAACCGGAAAGUCAGGACAGGUGCUUCUGCAGCUUCCUCAACCAGUUCUGAGCAAAGAGAUGAGGUGAAGAGGCCACGACGAAGCCGUGAGAGGAGUGGCGAUCGGGGAGACCAACGAAGGACUGGCUUGCCAGGGAGGGACUUGUCAGGGACCCGGUUAUUGAGAAUGUCUUGCUAGUGGUCUCCGCAUUGCAGGCACCUCGUUGAGGAAUGUAUAUUUACAGUAUAUGAUUUUGUAUUAAUGUGUGACAGUAUGCAUACUCGUGAGGAGCUUGUGGAUCGCAAGCAUUGUCCUUGUGUUUUUCUACCGUGUCCAUUUUUGUUUUGAUGCUUCAGUACACAAGCCACAAAUGAAGUUUGCAGGAUGUUUUUGUGGGUCGUUUGCUGGGAUGUAUGGUGCAAUUGUGUGUUUGUCACAUCUGAUUGCCACCUGUGUUUAUAUUGUCAUAUUUCUUUUAACCAAGCAGAUUUACCUGUGAGGGUUCUUGUUUUUUUUGCUGGUCGCAGGGCUAUCUCUGCUUGUCUCUGGCUGUCUCAAGCUGUGCUGGAUUGCUUGGGCCGCGCGCCUCUUUUCUGUGUCCAGUUGUCUCCAGCUGCCUCCGCGUGUGCUAUCGCGGUAUGCGGUGUCUCUGGCUGUCUCUCAAUGUGGUGUGUAUAUAUAUAUUUUUUCUAUUGUUUGUUUGUGCAGAAUUUCGCAGUGAGUUGCGAAAAUUCUGCUUUCCCAAAUGCAGCCGCAAUGUGAUAUGAGCUUUACUGUGAACCACACCUACAUUUGCUUUACCCAACCCAAAGACCCACCCCCAACUUCAUGAAGCCGGUACAAUGCGGGCCACAUGAUCCGACACGCGCGCGAGAUUGCCCUGAGCUUAAAAGCAGUACUACUAACUACUGCGACCAGUUGCAAUGAUCUGUGUGUUCUUUUAUUUCAGGUGUGUUUUGGCAUCACCUUGGUAGAUGGCACCGUUUCUAGAAGGUCCUCCAUUAUCUAGUUUUCCCCUGGCUUGACAGCUUCCGCGCUCCACAUUAUAGAAAUAAAGAAGAAUACAAUAGAUAUAUGAUAUAUGGUUCUAAUUUGUUUAUUGUUUCUAAUAGCUUCUUGUUCCUAGUAGCGAUGCCCUUUGCUCCUAGUAGCGUCCUUGUUCCUAGUAGUAAGGCCAGGAGCCCCUAGUAGCGUCCUUGCCGCCAUCUUAUUUUACCGGAAUGACUUGUGAGUUACUUGUGACCUGUGAGGCCAUGUUGUUAAUGUCCGAAACUGGGAGUUUAAGCUUCACGUGACCCCGUUUGCCUGUGUACGUGUUGUAGAGUGUGGUAGACUGGUCCAGGCUAGACAGAAGUCAACUGAUAUUUGCCAAGGUUUUGGAUACUGUAUUCAGUUCAAUGCCUCACAAAGGCGUCAUCCAAAAGUGGAUCCUUUUUUGGGGGGUAUGUGGCAUUUGUUGGAUUCUUGUUGGAUUAUGCAGCUUCCAUGUCGGCAAGCCCCUAUGGAAACCCUGAGUUUCAUUGCAGUGUGCAUCUAUCGAAAGAUGGGGGGCAAAGCACUGCCAGGCCUUGCAACAUUGGUAGGUUGAUGCCAACCUGGAUUUGCAGAGCAAAUAUUUUGUCUUUGCAAAACAUCAAGCAACCUCAAAACAUAUGACAUAUGGUGUGUUUUUUCAUGUGAACAUCUAUUCCCCCCGCCAACCCUGUAGAGCCGGCUCUAUCCCAAACCCCUUGCAGAACAACGUGCCAAUGGAAUGUUGAAGUAAACCCAACUUCACUAGUCAGUAAGGGGCUGACAUGCGAUUGCGGGCUGGGAGAUCGCUUGUUUUGGUGGACAUUUCUUUUGUCCGUGCCCGUUUCAUUCACUUCUGACACCUUGAUGUAAAUGACACUUUGAGGUUUUGACACCUUUGAGGUUUCCCAGGUUUUGGUCACCCCACUUCCGCGGAUCCGUUCCCGCCAUGGGCGGAUCCUCCUGGCGGCGACGGCAAGCAAAACAACUUGAGCUGCUAUGGAUCUUGUCACCGGGGAUUGCUGGAUCCUGCAUCAUCUCAGUCACAAUAAAUUAGGGUCUAACUUCAGAAGGAGCAAUGACCUGG